UCUCAAACCCACUGCCAUCUCAGUGGUGGAAAUGUUGGAGUUGGGGAGGGUCGACUUUGAGGUGACAUUGACGCUAUGUAGAUGAGAGUGAGGAUCCUGCGCUCCAUGUUACGUCCCUGCUCGCUUCAACUCAGACGGCGGCAGCUCCUUUCCCCGUCUUCUCUCCCCUCCUCUCUUUCAGCACCACUCCUUUCAGGACAGCACCUCGCUCUCAAAGACGCACUUGUCCACCAUCCUCCCCCCUAAGGAUCGUAUAUUUUCUCGCUGGCGUCGGAUGCAAAGUUUUCCCCUUGGUUUUAUUCUCAAAGUGCGAGGAAGUAACUUUUUGUUCCAAAUCCGAGUUUUCCCAUCGGGGAAACGAUCUGGAAAAAAGAAAGAUUUUAUCGUAAGUAUGUGCACUCUGAAUUUUACUGAUAUUUCUGUUUGUUGACACGACUGUUGAAAGCGAGGACCACAGAGGAAUUUGGCACUUACAGAUGCAGCGAAUUUGGCAAAGUGCGCGGAUGUGCGACUGGGCUUCAGGAGACACUCAUGGGGGUCGUUUACGUUUUUGAUGUUUCAAUUUUGCGGGCACUUGGAUAAAAUAUGACACAUAAAUUAUGAUUUGGGGAAAAGCGCGUCUUCGGUCUAUAAAUCCAGAUUUUCUUUCGGUUGCGAGUCUAUUGCGAGACAAAAAAAAUCUUUAACAGGAAUAACAAUAUUGCAAAAUGUUUUCUCUGUAAUGCUUAGAAGGUAAAAUUUAUGAUGAUUAUAAGUGUGGCUUAUACGCACUUCGUGGUUACGCACGCGAGGUGAUGAAGCGCACAUGAGAGUGCGCACAACGUUUUAUUCGUCAUCAUGCUGUUUUAUUUUUUAUUUCAAAAUGAAACUUUUGGAUUAUGUCAUUUGAAGAAUGAAUAAUUUAAUUAAUACACAGACAAAUAAAUAUAUUGGCUGUUAUGUAAUUGGUCAUCAUUGCGCAAAUGACUCGAAAAACAGAGCAGCUCUUCAAUUUGUUCUGCAUAUAUGCUGUGGAAAUGUCUUUUCAGAAGCUCCGGUGAGUUACUGCCCUCUCCAAGUGAUUCAUUAGACUUUAUCGCCGCUCCUGACUCCUAAAUGUGUUUAAUUGCUCCUCUCUUGUACCGGAGCAGAAGGAAGUGGGCCAUUGAAUCGAGAGCGUAAUGAAUCACGGACAAAAGCAGGCUCUAAAUUUCUGUUAACAUGCAUUCACUCCAGGCCAUUAAAAGUGAGUCUUAUUGCACGAGAGGUCUUUAUUUCAUCCCGUGCUGUUCACAGACAGAGGGGUAUCCUUUUUUUCUCGACAUCCCUGAGGAAAAUGUCAGACAGUUGGACUAGAUACAUGCAGCUUCGUGUUGAGAUAAUCAGUUUUAAAUAGGGCAAUAAUAAUAAUAAUAAUUUUAUCACGUCUUACCGAACGGUGAUUUGAUUUUACCUUUACGCACAGAGACUUUUUUUCUGAUUAUAAAGUUUGCUAAUAAUCAGGUAAAACAUAUUUGGCUGUAUCUUCUGCAGCUGAUGUACUUAAGAAAAGAUAUAUAAAGUAUUUAAAUAUUAACCAGUGAAUUUGCUUUAUCUAAUUACAUUUCUUUUAAUAUUUUUCUCCCCUUCAGGGUCGUGGGACCUCUGCUAUCCACCCCUGCUUCUGCUCUUCACACUCUAAUUCCCCCGAAUAUUCGUCCCUAUUCGACUGCAAUCUGCGAGCUGGACCACGGAGAAGUUGCUCUUUGUCUGGACCGGUGCUGAAAUUUCCUCCUCUACACUGGUCAGGACUAUCCAACACGCGCAAUCACUAUGGCCACCAACGGGACCAAAGCUACGGACGGACACGUCCUAACGGAGACGGUAAACGACGCGGCCAGCAGCACUACGCCAAACGACAAACCCAAAACCUUAGUGGUGAAAGUGCAGAAGACGAAAACAGAUUUGCCCGAGAGAGAAACGUGGGGUGGGAAAUUUGACUUUCUUCUCUCUUGUGUCGGAUACGCAAUCGGACUCGGAAAUGUCUGGAGAUUUCCUUAUUUAUGUGGAAAAAACGGAGGAGGUAAUCAGGAAUUCUUGGAUAUUUUUUUUGCCAUUUAUCCAUACAUCAAAGGAAUCCAAACAUCGCGACAUCAGAGCCUACCAGUUUGCUUCCGGUGGUUUUUAAUUAAAAUAAAUCCAAAGUGUAAUUCUCUCUCUUAUAAGCUGUGCGUAAAUGCGCACACGUGAAAGCCUGCUCGGUGGUUUGGGGCGCAAUAUGAAAACUGCCUCAUUCAUCAAAUUUCUUUUGGAUUAUGAUUAAUUUUAAUGGUUUUUGAUUCAUCUUCACUUACACGCCUUUACCUCCCUCCUUUCAUCCAGGGGCCUUCUUGAUUCCCUACUUUUUGACCCUCAUAUUUGCUGGCAUGCCCUUGUUCUUUCUGGAGACGGCUCUUGGUCAGUACACGUCAAUUGGAGGGCUUGGAGUGUGGAAGCUGGCCCCCAUGUUCAAAGGUAAAAACACUUCAACAGUAUCCUACAAGUCCAAGAUUUUAAUGUUGCGUAGCUGCGUGACCAGGUUGGUUAACAGACAUAGCCAGUUGAGGGCUCAGUGUAAUUAUGUAACAGAGUACAAAAGUCUGAACUCCACUUUCAGAAAACACCUUCAAACUUCUCUGAAAUAUUUUGUUAUUAUUCUCAUUUUCAGGUGUGGGUCUGGCUGCAGCCGUUCUGUCCUUCUGGCUUAAUAUCUAUUACAUUGUAAUCAUUUCUUGGGCUAUUUACUAUCUGUACAACUCCUUCACUGCUGUGAGUAUCUGAUAUAUCUAUAUCCAGUAUAUUAGUAGCAUUCCCUAAUGGUGCAAGGUCAUGUUUAAAUUGCAUUAUUUCAGAAAAUUGUGGUGAUUAAAAUAAAGAUAGCUCAGUCCCAAAGAGAAUAGAGAUUUUCCUUGUGUUUAAUUUUGUUUGUUUGUUUGUCAGGUUGUAUUUUUUAACAUGGUAACCUUUUUAGUAAAGUGUCUGCUCCAGCUUGCCAGCAUCUCUUACAUAACAGUGCACAGCCUUUAAUAGGGUAUGACAUUUAUUACUUCCUUUCCCACAUAAUUAGCGCCUUACACAAGGUAUUGAUAAAUGCAUUUGGCGAUGAGGCAUUCAAACCUCUGAGAAAAGCAUGAAAUCUCAAUGAGUAUCAUGGUCUUGGCUGCUCGACAGCCACAGAGAAUGGGACCCAGCGGUGGGAGAGUGGUCCAAGUAAAAAGAGCUGUCUGUGUGAUUUUUCUCUCUUUUUUUUUCUCUUGAAUUUCAGGACCUGCCAUGGCAGAGUUGUGGCAAUCCCUGGAACACGGAUCGCUGCUAUACCAACUACAGCAUCAGUGACACCAGGAAUCUCACCAGCGCUGUUGUGGAGUUCUGGGAGUAAGCAGAACAUAAGAGAGUGUUUAGAUCAAAAGGAUUCUGCUCUGUUGGGAAUAGAUUUAACCUACAUAGAAAGGUCAUGGCUCCUACUGUGAAUACGAAGACGAUGAGGGUUGGAGUCUGACAUGGUCAUUUGGAGGAACAAAUGGUUAAUCAAAGCAAUUAAUCUCCAGCAAUCUCCAAAUACGUCUCGAGGAAGAAAAAAUGUGCAGCUUUACGACGAAGGGCCUCAAAUAAUGCUUAGGGGAAGGAUAACACUGUAAAAAAUGCACAUAGACAUGUGACGCCUACAAUAGCUUCAGCAGAGAAGAAAAUAAGACCAGAGAUAGAGGUCUUUGUACAUAUUCAAACAACUGUAUACAUAUUUAUUUGUGCAUCAGUGCAUACAAACUAUGUAUGAGGAUGCAUUUGUUUGUUACAAUAAGACUGUUUUCUUCUUCCCCCUGCAGACGCAACAUGCACCAGCUGACCGACGGUCUUGAGAAGCCUGGGGAGAUCAGGGUCCCACUGGCUAUUACCCUUGCUAUAGCAUGGGUGCUCGUCUAUUUCUGCAUCUGGAAGGGGGUCAGCUGGACUGGCAAGGUAAGUAAAUGGAAGGAUAAAGGACACAAACAAAGCAUGAGGUUAAAAUAUACCCCAUCAUGGAAAAUGAACACUGACUUAAUGCUGAUGAGCCUGUACACAGGCUCAGAGUUUUUAUUUCAGUUACACAAUCUGGGAUUAUGAUACGAUACGAUACGAUAUGAUUCGAUACGAUACGCUUCAUUGUCCCCUUAGGGAAAUUUGUCUUAGACUCCAAGAGCUGCACAGAUAAAGCUGCCAACUGAUGACACUAAGUACUAGACCUAACAAAGACACAGUCACACAACCUACACAUAUUGCACAAGAACCCCACAGAAAUGGUCAAAAGAAACACACCGACAAUAGACAACAAUGACAAAGAACAAGACACAGCAAGGUGAUGAGACAAGGCGAACAAGACUGAAAAGAAAAUAAGAUAACAAGAUAACACCAUGACAUUACUGUGCAAUCUGGCAGGAAACAUUAUUUAAAAACCUAAAACGAUUCAGUCUACAUUAACUGCUCACCAAGAAACCAAGGAAACAAUCACAAUAUUUGAUAUCUGGCUGUAGAUUCAUCUUUGAUUACUUCACUCACUGUAUAUCCACUAGCUCAUUUUUAGUUGAGGAUAUUUGGUCAUUAAUGAUACGAAGUUGUGCUGACUUCGAUACAGCAGUGCAGAAUUAGCUCAGAUAAGGAGGAAAACAGUGCACUGAGAGUGUUAUGAACCCAACCACUCCGGGGUCAUGUUGCCUCAGGGGAGUGACUGACUGGGUCACUGUGCUGCUUUGUGCUGCAAGGAUGGAGUCACAUUACUGUAACACUGUUAGUGAUGACUUGAGGAACUUAACGGUUUCUUCACUUCUUCUUAAACUCUGCUGCCUUGCUGAACAAAUGUUUAAAGCUCAGUAAUGCUCUAGCGAUAAUAAAAAAGUUAGAUUCAGCUGAGUUAGACCCUGUUUUAAUGAUGCUUUUGUGUCCUGUAGGUGGUGUACUUCUCAGCCACGUACCCUUACUUCAUGUUGUUCAUCCUGUUUUGCCGUGGCGUCUCUCUACCUGGUGCAAUUGAUGGGAUUCUCUUCUAUAUCACACCAGACUUCGAAAAACUGAAGGAGUCUGAGGUAUGCUACCGUCACUCGAGGUACUGUCCUAUUAUAGCAGUCCUAACAUUAGCUGCAUCUUGGCUUCUAUGUGCAUUUAUUGUGAUAAUGCAAGCUUAUGGCAACUUAAAAAUAAAGGCCUCGCAUAUCUGUCAACAAACGUUUGCAUUAAUGUCCAGAAAAUAAAACUGGAAUUGAUCUUACUUAAUGAUUUUCUGCAAAACGUGUGAAAAAUGAUAUUUAUUUACAUCACUAAAACUAAAUUAAUGAAUGAGAUGAAGCUGAAUAAGGUGAGGAAAUCUUCAAUCAAGAUGUUGGAUCAGGGUGCAUCAGCUGUGGAGUCAAGUCCUGUUCUUAGGUGUGAUAGUUUCAAAGCAAAAGUGUUGUUGCCUUCAUCAAAGGUUCUCUAAUCUCAAAUCUCAAAUGGUGAUCAAACCUGCUUGGCUAACCAGCUCAAAAUGAAAAAAAGAGGUCAAAUCAUCAAUAAAAAGUCAUCCUCACCUCUGAGGCAUCAAACUGAUCUUUAUCCUCUUGGUUUCUCGUCUUUGUGCCCCAGGUAUGGCUGGAUGCUGCUACUCAGAUCUUCUUUUCCUACGGGCUGGGAUUAGGCUCUCUGAUCGCUCUUGGCAGCUACAACCCCUUUAAUAACAACGUAUACAGGUAUGUGUAGAUAUGUGUUGACUUUUACACAAAUACCACAUCUAUCAUGAGUUUAGAUGCAGUUCUGUGUCUCGCUCUGGUCACAUGAAAAUCCAUUUUAAAAGACGACUGUGCAGAUGUCUUUGUCUGUCAUUGGGAUUAUUUUUGGUUUCCUGGCAACAUGGUGUCUGCAGCACCUUCUAUUUUGGGACUAUUUGAGCCUCCAGCUCUUUCACUCAUGUUAUUAUUUUGGCUCUCCCCUCCGUGUUACACUCAUUGGCAAAGACGUUCGGUUUGCGUCAUUGGCGGUCACGUUGUUGAAACGCUCGGGUCUGUAGCACGGCCGCAUACGUCUGCGGUUGUAAAUGUUUCCGAACAGCUGGAGCUCUCUGCCAUUUUAAAGAAACUGUUCAAUAUGAAUGUACUCGGCGGCUGUGUAACUGCAGGAUGCAAAAUGGCUCUCCGCUGUCCCCUCCCCCCAUGCCUCUCCACAAUGUGUGACGGGUUGAUAAGGAAUUGAUACAGGCGUGACAAUGGCUGCCUUGUGCUUUGUCUCCCCCCUUCAGAGAUUCUGUCAUUGUCUGCUGCAUCAACUCCUUCACCAGCAUGUUCGCUGGUUUUGUCAUCUUCUCCAUCGUGGGAUUCAUGGCCAACGUAACAAAGAGACCCAUCGCUGAUGUGGCAGCCUCAGGUAAUUGCAAUCAAUGUUGAAACUGGAUAGUGACAAUAGGCACAAGCAAGUGAUGCUCGCAACAGUGCAAAAGUAAGCCUUUGAAAUUGCUUAAUGUUAUUCUUUCAGGCAGAAAGGGAAGCGUUAAGCCUGUCACUAUUUGUCAGCUGUGAUUUUCGGGUUUAUUGGAAAGAAAAAAACGCUCAAAGAUUUUACAAAAACUGUGUGUCCUUUGUAAGUACUGGAGUUUGACAUUCAGCUCUCACAAUGUCCUCUUACAAAAGGACGUUGGAUUUAAGAUGUUCUUUUUUCCACCCUGUAAUUCUGAAGCUUUCAUCAGAGCUGAACAAAAUUAUUCCUAUUUUUCACAUCAUUGUUUCUUUUUCUUUCAUAUUUGUCUUUCUUCAGGACCUGGCCUGGCAUUUUUGGCAUAUCCUGAGGCCGUCACUCAGCUUCCUAUCUCCCCUCUCUGGGCCAUACUCUUCUUCUCCAUGCUGCUGAUGCUGGGUAUCGACAGCCAGGUAAAGAUAAUCUCAUGGAAAUGAGCUAAAACUGGGGUUUUAGAGUUUUUACUGGAGGCAAAAUGCUGAUUUUUCAGCGUAUGUCUGAAGCAAUUAAGUUGAAAAUGAAGAGUAAAUGAAAUUAACAGUCUUUGUUAGAACAAAAUGUCAUGUGCAGAGUAAUAUUCUGUUUCCAAUCUCUGCAGUUCUGCACCGUGGAAGGCUUCAUCACUGCGCUGGUUGAUGAAUUUCCUCACGUCCUACGAAAGCGCAGAGAGAUCUUCAUCGCAAUUGUCUGCCUCAUUUCGUACAUCAUUGGACUGUCCAACAUCACACAGGUAAAUGCAUUUCUCCUGAUGAUUUUUGGCGAUAUUACAAGACAAUAAGCUCUCAUAACAGCCAGCUACUUGGUAACAAGAUUGAUAUUUGUUAAGUGAUUAUGGAAAUACUGCCGAAGUCUAACAAGUUCAGCUGAGUAAAUACGAAAAUCUGACUCUGCAUGCAUCUUUUUGAAAUGCUGUAUUUCUGUGUCUGGGAUCAUCACAGGAUGAUUAAACCCUUUCUAUUCUCCAGUGGAUGGUGGUAUGACCUCAGCAGGUGACCCAGUAACCUGAAACACUGUUAAAUCAGCCAGGGUUUCAACUCAGCGAGCCAAGAGGCCCUUGUGUGAAAUCCAGAGAGCGUUUAGGUGAAAAGGUCAAAGAGUCAUACAUCCUCUGAGACUGCUGUUCCUGGUUAAGGUGGUUCGGGUCAUGCAGCCUCAGAUUUUAGCCAGCAAACAUAAGAAAAUCACCACCAUGUUUGUAUUUCACUACAGAUGAUGACACAGCAGUUGUCAUCCCUUGCCUGUCAAACAUUGUGGUCCAGAGCAAAAGAUGUCACAUGGAAGAAGCCAACAUAAACACUUGUAUCUUUUAUAUUUAAGGCCCUAAAAGGCAUUAUUGGUGGGUUUUGGGAUCACUCAAGCUACUCCCUCGCCCCACUGCCAGGUCAAAAUUUAAGCCUGUCACCACAGCUCCCCUACUGUCCAUUCAUAGUCCUCAGAAGAUGAACUCUGAUGUCUUUCUGCUAGCAAAACCUCCAGGGAUCAUAUUUUACCUUGUUAAAAACGGCAAAAUAUGGUCUAGGGUAUAAAACACUUUGAGUAAACACAUUCAUGCUCCCCAGGGUAUGAACCCUAACUAUUUUGCACACUCUGUAAGGCUUAUCUUGUCAUUUUUGAUAGGUGGAAGUGCCACAUUUGCUCACAAUAUCAUACAACCACAGGAUUGUCAUGCCCUUGUCUUUAACUCAUUCAUGCUCCCAUAGGAUGAAGCUGUCUGCAGUUCAAAGUCCUUACAGUAAAGAUUUCCUGGAAAAAAAAAAACACUCCCUGGUCCCUUUAACUGAAAUUAUACAUUCAGUUGAUUGGGAAUCCCUAGUUUUCUUCCAGAUUACAGCACAAAUAUAUCUUACGUAUUUUUACUAUCAUUACUUGCAAAUGGCAACCCAUGAAAAUAUUAGCAUUUGGCUCAAAAGUAAAACAAAUAAAGAAAAGUCAAAGUCACUGAGUCAGAAGUCUGCAGAAAGUUGGCGAAGACGCUUCUGUGUUGACUCACUUGAGAGCUAAAAAUGACAGAAUCACUGCAGGCCAAGGUCAUGUCAGCCAGUGACACUUGAAGACCCUACUUUGUUCCUUUACUUCUGCCAAACUACAUUUCCAUCAAGCAUGCAACAAGCACAGUUCUGCUAGAAUAAGGCAGCAACCCAAAUCGCUGCUUCAGGCGGACUAAAGCAGAUCUUCACAGGGUCAAACUUGACAAUCACAAGCAGGUCCCUCUGGUCUGCGUGAUGGCCUGUUAACGCGAGACACAGACAUGAAAUGUUUAAAGGGGACGUUUAAUCUGCACCGGUCCUGUCUGUGCUGUACAUUUUCCAGUUAGAAUAAGUAAGACUUCUUUAGUGUUCUCCUUUAACCUUCCCUUGCCUUUUCUUUUGUUUUCCUCUGCAGGGUGGACUGUACGUGUUCAAGCUUUUUGACUACUACUCAGCCAGUGGAAUGUGUCUGCUCUUCUUGGUCUUCUUUGAAUGCGUCUCCAUUUCCUGGUUUUAUGGUGAGUCACUCUCAAUCUCAAAGUAAAUUUCUUAUUCCCUUAAAACGAUAACAACCAAAAAUAUAAAUUUCCAGGGUUCCUACACAGUUGGGAUUUCCAUACUGUUCCAUACCCUACCUUUUAGAAUUAUUUUUGGAAAUACCUAGCUAUUUCAGAAGACAGUUACUUUUUAAGACCUAGAAAUUAAUCAAAUUUAUUUCCAUGCUUUUCAAAACUUUCAAUACUUGCGUAGGAACCCUAAAUAUCUGUCUUUUGCCGACUGACUUAUUGAGCCAUAAAAUCUCAAAAUCUGGCAUCCAGUAUUUGUAACAGCAAUAUGUCUAAGGCCAUAAAUCACUGACUUUAUUUCACUCAACCUUGCUCAUCAUGCUUUUCUGUGGUUCCAGGUGUAAACAAAUUCUACGACAACAUCGCAGAGAUGAUUGGAUACAAGCCCUGUUUGUGGUGGAAGGCCUGCUGGGUUGUUUUUACUCCUCUCAUUGUGGCUGUAAGUGCUUUUUGGAGAUGAUAGGCAGAAUUUAACCUACAAUCAAAAACAAAUUUUAGAGGUUUUAUACUAGAGUUGUUUUCAGAGAAUUACUGAUCUAACCUUUUUACGUGAAGGUAAUGUACAAGAAGAGAGUCACAUAUCUACUGGACUACUUUUAUUUGAUUUUUUGUAAUCCUAUUCUUUUCUUUCAGUUUUUUAACAUAGCAUUUCUUCUUGUGUAUAACCUAGAAAUUCAGGAAAACCUCCUUCAAACUAAAGUUGUGCAGUUCUGCAGUUUUAAUACCCUUGAAUAUGAUGUUAAAAGUGCUGAGAUGUAUUUUCUUAUUGCUUUUGUCCAGGGGGUCUUCCUAUUCAGUGCAGUGCAGAUGGUCCCCCUGACCAUGGGUGACUACGUGUUCCCAGCCUGGGGCCAGGGGGUCGGCUGGUGCAUGGCCCUCUCCUCCAUGACCCUCAUCCCCGGCUACAUGGGCUACAUGUUCCUCACACUCAAAGGCACAUACAAAGAAGUAAGACCCCCGUAGAUCCACUCUUGUCUGUAUUAGACUUGCUUUCCUAACUACCCCCAAACUGUUCUUUUUAUUGUUGCUGAGAGAAAUUCAACACGAAUGCAACAACACUGCACAGGAUAAACGUCAUUGUCCUUGUGAAGAAAGCUGCUAGGGUUGCAAAAUGAUGAUAAACAAUCAAACUUGGUCGAUAAGGUCUAUAAAAGGUCUGUAAAUACGCACCAUACUGUAAUGCAGAUACAGUAGCCUCAGUCUUCUCGAAACAUCAGCAUCAGUGCAGCCCCCCUCUGAGCGUUUCACACAUCUAUGGGCUGUUUUGAAUUUUAAUCUGCAGUCGACAGCGAGUCAGGAUCAGUGUUAAGAGCUUCAAGUGGAUUACUUGGUAUGCAAGAUUUCGGCUGAAAUGUAUUAGAACAUACUGUACGAUAAAUCCAGUGCUGAAAUAGAGUUCUUUUUUUUGGAGGGUGAUGACAUUUUGGGUGGAUCAUGUAAUGUAAAUGCAAAAUAUCAGAGCUGAGUAGAUCGGCUUCGAACAUGGAAGAGUAUUUAAACAAACGUUCAAGGUCACUCUCUUGAUUUUUACUCCUAAUUCAAAAUCAAAUACAGUUUGUCUACCAGAAUAUACCGAUCCUGGAUUUAUAUCACUUUCACGUACAUUUACUACAUCUACAUAAUGGUGAGUAAUGAAAGAAGUACCUGAAAUGUGAUUUAGCAGAGAAGAGACACUUCACUCUAGAUGUUAAAAUGCUCAGCUUAGUGACUUAGCUCCGUGCAUUAUAACUGUACUGUGCUCCAGUGCUUUUAUAAUCACCAAACACAGAGGCAUGCUGGGUAGACUUGUGAUAAAUUGCCAUGAAGAGCAGAACAGCGAUAAAAGGAUUAGUAAAAUAGAGUUUCUAAUUAGCUCUGUUAAACAAUUCCUGAUGCCGUUUUGCUAAACCAAACUCUGAGCUCUCAGCAAAUGUCAUAAUAUAUAUGCAGCAGAAUGCUACGCUGCGGUUUUAUUGAUCUGAUGAUUCACAUCAAUGGGAGAUAAUACCUUUACUGGCAUGCUAUUUACAUGAAGAGCUUUUGAUUUGCAGUAAUACACAGUCUGCUUGCAUCUAUACCUUCCAAGUGACAGAUAGCUUUAUAGACACCACUGAGAGAGUAAAUGGGCCGUAAUUGCAUGCAGUGCAACGGAGGCUGCCAAAGGCGAUGUGCAGGUGUCAGAUCCUAUAGUACCAGCUGAUGGCUGAUUGUCUAAUUGUAGCAAUCAUCUAGCUGAUUAGUGCUCUGCACCCAGGCUGACGCUUAGUUUCACAAACACUCCACAGAAAUACUUUGUGUGCUGCAGAGCCUGAGUCCAACCAAUGAGCUCCAAACAUUUAGAAGGUUUGUCAAAUUUGGGAUAGUUUGAUCUCGUGUUGCUUCAGCCCUUAUAACAUUUUUUGUGUAAUGCAUAUUGAGUCUGAUUUCCCUGUAUCUAAGGGGUGAAUCAAUUCAUGCAGUCUUGUACCACAUCAGGGGAAAUAAAUAAUGCAUUUUGAGUGCAUCCUGUAGAGUGUUAGCACACAAGGCUGUACAUUCAUCAAGUUCACAGCUGUGUAGCUGGUGUGUUUUCUAACAGCUUAGGAAGCCAAUCACAAACUUUGCAGCUGUUUGGGUCCAACUAAUCGUAUUCAAGCAUGUUCAUAUGUGUGUUUUUUUUCCCCCUUUCAGCGUCUGCGGAUGAUGAUCAAACCUGUUGUACUGGUGAGGGCUCAGGAAAAUGGCCCAGACCAGCAGACAGAAAACCAGAGUCAGAACCCCGCCAAUGAGGAAGCCUACAUCUAGAAACUUCUGCCUGUCUCUCUGUCUCAGCAGACAGACUGGUUCUCUACACAGAAGAUUCGUAAUCAAGGUUGGGAACGACCACCAGACUUCUAUGUCUGCUUUUAUUCACCUACCUCCUGGGGACACGUGAGACCAACCUGAUUACAUGCUUAUUUUUAGGGAUUUUUUUUCGUUUGUUUAUUUGUACAAUACAGAGUUAUAAAAAAUACCCAGCAAAAUUGUUGUGAUAUUAUGAAUUUCAUUAUGCAAAAAAGUUAGCCUUUUUAGAAAAGAAGAUGUGACUUAGGACAUUACUGUAUAUUGAAUAUAUAAUUUAAAUUUGGAGGCCUGCAUUGAUUCGAUAGUGUUGUGCUUCUUUGAAGUUAUUAAUCUACUAAGCUACAACUACUGUACAAAGAAAAUUAUUGGUUAAUUGCAUUUUGCUUGUAAAUGAAAUAAAUUAAUUAAAAAGAAUUCAGAGUAGUAAGUGAAAACUCAAUUUGAAAGUUUGUAAAUUUAAAAUUAGAAAACCACUCAAAGGCAUAGAGAUAUGGGAAUGUGCAACAGGUAAGGCUUGUAUGUAUAAAAUAUUAUUUAGCCAGCGAAUACCCCCUAACCCUCCUCAACACCCCUCUUGCAGAAUCCUGCAGCUCGCCUGAAAUGUUUACCACCCAUGUCUGGGGCUCCUUUGAAAAGCACAAGCACAGUUUGAAAUUUCGAAGCGUCCAACUUUCCUUUUUGGCUUAAUUUAAACUUGUGACAACAGCAAAAUAACUUACAAAGAAAACAUAGCUAGAGACUGUUAUAAUUGUUUCUUUGUUUUCUAAAGAACAAUAACUUUAUAUGUUGUCUGAAUCUUUUUUGUAGAAUUAUAUUUAGGUCUUUUUUCUAUAUGUGAGAGUGAGAAGGACCAAAAUUAUACUCGAGUUGAAAGAUUGGAGGAGACACUUGACCCUGUUGACUAUGUGGGUCAGAUCAUGCAUCCAUUUAAUCUCAGCAGGGUACAAUGAGAAAUAUGAAAUCACCUUAAAGCACAAUUUUUGGAUGUGUGAACUACCAUCUUUAACAAAAAAGGUGUGGUCAACACAGAAAUUACACAUUUGCACUGUGGGUACUAUAUUCCUCCCUCAGAUUGUUUGAUAAAUCCAAAUAUCCUUCUCAAAUAUGACAACCAGUUCAGAACUAAUUUUAUCUAUAUGUUAAACUGUGAGGAUGAAUAAGCUGCGUUGGAGACUGUAUGAAGGAUUUCUUUGAUAGCUACCACUAUCUGACUGGAACCGUUUACUUGUUUAUCUAUUUAGUAACCCAUUUCUCAGGAACAAAGGUGGAUGUGACCAAAUUCUCUCAGAUACUACCGUUAUACACUGAAAAAAUUAAUGCUCUACUUUAAGACGUGCAAAUUAUGAAACUUUCGCCAGAUUCUCCAAUUGAUCCAAAAGGCUAAAUCAAGCCGUAAAGAAUACGAAAACACGAAUCAGUACUAAGAAUCGAUAUGUAAAAAUCAGUCGGGCACACCCAAAAGCUGAUCCAAAUGGUUGCCUCUUUUCUGUGAAACUACUCAGCUAGCAUCAUUUCUUUCAGUGUAAAUGAACUGUGAUAGCCUUCACUGACUAAUCUUAGUAGAAGCCAUACUGUGUUUCUAUCCUGUGGAAAGUACAGAUUUCUACUGUCAGAUCAGGAGAGAGAGAGUUUCGCUUAGUAAAAGAACAAAGCUGGCAAAAGCACUUUUGAAAUGGACGGACAAAUCCAGAUGCUUAACAGGCCAACACCACUAAAUCUACUCCUCUUAGGAUAAAGAAAAACUAACUGAUACAUAUCAAGUUUGCUUGGCAAUAUAUACGGUACAAACCAACAUGUAGAAGCUGACGUACAGUACGUACAUGGCUGUAUCACUCUGAAGAAGAAUUGAGAAACUGUGCUUCUGUGUCAGGUCAAUGUAAAAGGAAUCAGGUUGAAUCAGUCCUGUCUGUUUCCUUUUAUUUAUGUUUUCCUUUCUCAAAGACGUGAAUUAACAAUGUGCAAUGACAAAGGGUUCCGUGAAUUUUGUAUAAAGUUACAAUACUGCAGUUUUCUCUUUUGAAUGAUGUUGUAAACUGGACUGUGUAAUACAUGUAUCUGUGAAUGUCCGUACAACCUGAGUUUUUUUCUUUUUUCUUUUGUCUAAAUGUUGAACAAAAAAAUGUGAUAUUAUUUGCUGUUUUCUGCAAUAAUAUUAUCUCAGAAACUAAAGCACAUAUCUCUCUCAACUGUAAAAUUAUAAUUACAAUAACAGCAUAGAGUAAUAAUAAAGAUGAUGAUAACAAUAAUGAUAAUAAUGUAAUAAUAAAGUUAUAGAGAUGUCUAGUCAGAGAUUAUUGUUUUGUAUAUUUCUAGCUGUUUCAUGGGCCUAAUGUAAAAUAUUCUAUGUAAAAAAAAUAUAAUAAAUGUCUUUAGAUGGUGUUAUAUGGAAAAGCAUGAUUGCAAUAUAUGUUAUCUGCAAAAAUAAAUAAAGACCUAUAGAUUAUAA